AUGUCGGAAAUAUGGUACAAAAAGCCGGCUGGUGACUGGAACUCGGCCUUGCCAGUCGGCAAUGGGCGCUUAGGUGCCAUGGUAUAUGGACGCACCGACACGGAAAUGCUGCAACUCAACGAAGACUCUGUGUGGUAUGGAGGUCCACAAGAUCGCAAUCCAAAAGAUGCCCUCGAGCAUCUUCCGCGUUUGAGAGAGGCUAUACGAGCGGGUGACCAUGCCAAAGCCGAGAAGAUAGCUAAAUUGGCAUUUUUUGCCAACCCGAUGAGCCAAAGAAACUACGAGCCGCUCGGAACCCUCUUCUUAGAUUUCGGGCAUGACCCCAAACAAGUCACAAAUUAUCGGCGGUCGCUCAACUUGGCUAAUGCUGUGGCACAUGUCAGCUAUGAGUACCAAGCCGUUCACUUUGAACGAGAAGUUCUGGCCAGUCACCCUGACAAUGUGAUUGCGAUCCACGUGCGUUCGUCUAGCAAAGCAGAGUUCGUGGUUCGAUUGACCCGCAUGAGCGACUUGGAAUUCGAAACGCAUGAAUGGCUUGACGACGUCGGCGCCGACAACAAUUCCAUCACUAUGCACGUUACGCCUGGUGGCAAGAAUAGCAACCGGGCAUGUUGCAUUAUCUCCGUUCGAUGUAUGGAUGCCGAGAGUAAGAUAACCAAGAUCGGAAAUAAUCUGGUGGUCAAUUCCAGUGAUACUCUGCUGGUUAUUGCGGCACAGACUACAUUUCGCCACGAGAAUAUCAAUCAGCAAACUAAGACAGACGCAGAAAAUGCGCUGCGUGUUUCCCCGGAUGAUCUAAAUGCCCGCCAUAUAUCAGAUUACCAAUCUCUGUGGAAUCGAAUGGAAUUGCAACUUGGCCCAGAGUCUCCCGAAAUUCCAACUGACCAACGUCUAACGUCUUCUCGAGACCCGGGCCUUAUAGCACUCUAUCAAAACUACAGUCGAUAUCUUCUGAUAGCAUGCAGCCGGAACGGAGACAAAUCUUUACCAGCAAACCUGCAAGGUAUUUGGAAUCCAUCUUUCCAUCCGGCAUGGGGCUCCAGAUUCACCAUCAAUGUAAACCUGCAAAUGAACUAUUGGCUAUCUAACUCGUGUAACCUAUCGGAAUGCGAGUUGCCUCUUUUUGAUUUACUAGAGCGCAUGGCCGACUCUGGCCGGGCUACUGCUCGCAUCAUGUACGGAUGCCGCGGUUGGGCAGCUCAUUCUAACACGGAUAUCUGGGCCGACACAGCUCCUGUUGAUCGAUGGAUGCCGGCGAGUAUUUGGCCCUUGGGUGGCGCAUGGCUGUGCUAUCACAUUUGGGAUCAUUUUCAAUACACUGGCGAUGACAAGUUCCUUCGACGUAUGUUUCCCACCCUUCGUGGAUGUGUGGAGUUUCUUCUGGACUUUUUGAUUGAAGAUGCGGAGGGCAAAUAUCUUACUACCAGUCCAUCUGUUUCUCCCGAAAAUUCAUACUAUGACCACGUGGGACAGACGGGGGUCUUAUGCGAAGGAUCAAGCAUUGAUAUCCAAAUCGUGAGUGCUAUUCUUAGCGCCUUCGAGUCUUGUACCAUGAGACUUGACAUUCAAGAUGAUCUUGUUCCAAAAGUACAAGAGACAAUGUCUCGUCUCCCACCGAUGCAAAUUUCGGAUGCAGGGUAUCUGCAAGAAUGGGCCACAGACUUCGCUGAAGUCGAACCUGGACACCGUCACACUUCUCAUCUGUGGGCGCUACACCCUGGCAACGCAAUCAUACCAGAACACACACCCGAGCUAGCAAAGGCCUCUGGAGUAGUUUUACGUCGUCGUGCAGAGCAUGGUGGUGGUCAUACUGGUUGGAGUCGUGCAUGGCUAAUCAAUUUGCACGCGCGGUUACUCGAUGCCGAACAAUGCAAUGAACACUUGGACUUGCUGUUGGCUAAAUCCACCUUACCCAAUCUUCUAGACAGUCAUCCCCCCUUCCAAAUCGAUGGCAAUUUUGGCGGUGGUGCAGGCAUUAUUGAAAUGUUGGUCCAAUCCCAUGAGCUUGGCGUGGUUCGGAUACUUCCAGCAUGUCCGAAGCACUGGAGUGGAUUUAUUCGGGGGGUCCGGGCCCGGGGAGGAUUUGAGCUCCAGUUCAAAUGGGAAAACGGCUAUGUCGUGGAUAAGGUAAAGAUUAAGUCGAAUUUUGGGAAAAAGUUGCUUGUGGUCUUGAAUGGGGCACAAUUUGAGAUCACGGGCCAUGGGGAGCAUACAAUUGAGGCUCCAUAG